GUGCCUUAAUUUGCACUUCAGACUAGUUGUCGAAACAACUCAUGAUAAGAAAGCCGGGCUGUGUUUCCUCACCCUGGGAUUGAGUACAUGUCUAUUUGUAAUACAUAUAAACUGGUCGAUUAUUAAAUAAAGAUUCAUGAUAUUCUGGUUUCUCCAACGAGCUUCACGUCACAUCCAUCUUACCAUAUCCCACUUGUUUACUCCUUCUCAACAAAAUGCCCGUCGUCAAGGUUUGGAAUUCUUGGGAGAUACUUGGCAUUGAGGUGGGCAAGUGUCGGUGGGAACUGAACACUUCUGAAAAGGCAGUUGAUGGGUGCAAAAGAUUUAUUUUUGCCAACGGGGCUCGAGAUGCCAUUUUGAAUGGCAUGGAGCUGGAACCGCCAUCAGAAGCCUUCGCACACCUUAAGAAGUUGGCAGAACAAUCUCUAUGCGAGUUUUGCGUGAAAGACUCUGCUCGACAUCGUCAGUUGAUAGUGGCAUGGAAGCUCAAAUUGAAUGAAGCUAUGUGCGUGUAUCUGGGGUUUUGCCUGGUUCAGCAGAAGUACUUGACGAGUGAGUUGGAGUUAAUCAGGAAGGCUAAACAAAGUCUAGAUGUAGAGGUCGGCGAACUGAACGAGACGAUAGCUCAAUUGAAGUUGAAGGCGAAAACGAACAAGUGUGAUGCAUCUCAUGCCCAACAAGCAAUAACUAUAAUAACUCUGCAAGAGCAGCACUCGAGUCUCCUCCGCGAAAAAGAGCUGCUUCUGCUGGAGAAGAGAAGCCUGGAAGAUCAAAUCGAGUCACAGCAUCAGGAUUUGAAGACUUACAGAGCUAAAGAAUUUGAAUUAGAGGGCUAUAAAGCCGAAGUCCUUGUUCUUCGAUCAAAAUUAAAAGAAUGGGUGGAGUUUAGUAGUACUAUGAAGAAGGACUUUGACAACCAUCGUCAGUUUACUCCACCGCUGCACCCAUCUCCGCAUUUGCAAAACGAAAACGAGCCUUCAAGUAGCAGGAUACCGAGGUUUGACUCGGCCGACCAGCAAUUCCCGUUUUCCAGAAGACCCAAAGUGCUGCCUGCAAAGAGCCCAACUCCCCAAAUUCGUCUCUCGGACUCUGAUUCCCAGGAGACUGCAAGUGGAUCCUCUAAAAUGCCAAAAACUUCAUCAGCAAUAGGCUCUGCAUCUGUUGCAGAGACAGAAACAAGAACAAAUUCAACUUCAUCAACAAUCUCGACCCCAAGAAAAGAAGGGAUGCUUAAAGAAUCAGCUGCUGCUUCACCGGAUCAAAUGCCCAACACUCAUGACAUAUUUGGAACACGAAUUUCAUCUUAUUCGAAAAUACGUACGUCUAAAAGCCAUUCGAGCCUAUUUGAAACUCCAACCCCAGAAACAUCCACAGCAACACCCUCUUUCAAGGGUAGCUCAUUUGAUUUUUCGAUGCCAUCUUCGCUCACGACGGCAUCUGGAACGCCAUGCUUCUCGUGUACAAAUAAAUCCCAUGCACCAAGACCAUCUUCUUCCAGAUCUACACAAAGACAUAGAGCAACUUCCUCUUCAUCAGCAAUACCUGCAAUUAAGAGCCCUCCAAAUCUGUUCGGAGCAUCAUCCCCAGUGUUUUCGUCAACGAAGUCUUUAACCAAUAAUCCAGGUUUCUUCGGAGCACCAACCCCAUCAAACACGAAUAGCGAAACUCGUGAGGCGACCUCUAAGCCAUCUCAACCUUCAGAGACGCAAAGCUCUAGCUCGGAUGGAGUGUUCAAAGGUACAUUUGGUUCCCCAAGGCCCAAAACUCCUCCUUCGGUCAAUGGUUUCUCUUUUGGGCCUGCAAAUUCACUUUCGACAGAGUCUGGCGAAAAUAAUUUUAGUCCAAAUCCUCAGCGGAAUCCAAGUCCAUCGGAUCACAGAGAAGGGCAAAAUUCAUAUCAUGAUAACAAUAUCCAUUCAAAUCCCGAGAAGAUUAAUCCCUUCGCUCGCCCAGAAGUAUUGGUUCAGAAUCAUGGAGAUGCAGAGUCUAGCUCCGACGAAUGUAGCGUAUCUGGUAUCAGAACCCCAAGUGUAUCAUCUACGGCAACUAUCACAGAAACUGUGUUCUUUAUGGGAGGCAGUCCCACUCCUUCUGGAGCGACAACGCCCUUUUCGGUAAAAGGGCUCUUUGGGAGUAUCCCGCCUAAAUCCUCGAUAGACUUAUCCUCUACUUCAGGCGAGAUUUUUGGAAGAUUAUCUUCAAGUAAGAAAUGCUCUGGUUCAGAUAGAGAGAGAGGUUAGUAGCUUGCUUUGGGCAUUGGUAUCUCGCGCAUGUUGAGCUGAGAUUUUUGAGACUAGAUAUUCACAUGUACUAGAACCGGUAUCAGCCAAUUGAAGAUUCUCGAUCA